AUGAAGACUGGUGUAAACCAAGGCAGAAUUAAAGGUUGUUCUCGUCCUUCAAACUUUAGAAGCAGCAGAGACCACUUGAAAAUGGCGACUUCUGAGGGAAUUUCUACGUUUCAAAACCUUUUAUACGUAGCUGAUCAGCCGGUUGAAAAUAUUGCAGACACUUUUAAAGGUUUAGUGCCUGAACAGAAAAGGUUUGAAGCUGCUUGUACGUUAAUGGCGAUGCUUGAAGAUGGCGACUUACAGGCAAACCAACGAAUUGUUGCCCUUUAUAUUCUAUAUCAUUUAUAUAACAUCGUUCCUAUUCAUGAAAAUCCAUUCCUUUUGCUAUUUCUGAACCUCUAUAAAUCACUUUUCUCAAAUCUUGCUUUUGUCAAAGCUAAUUAUGAUUUGUUGGUUGAAUUUCGUGUGGAAGCCCUAAUUUUAGCUGACAAAGGAGCUCAGUUGGCACAUAAAACUCCAACUGAUAUAUUCUUUCAGUUUUCAAACACCGAAAAUUCACUAAUGGAUACAGAGGAAGUCAACAUUGCGAGAUUUGAGCAUUAUAUUAAGCAUGAAUUCGAUGUUCGACCAAAAGGACAAUUAGGGAGGCAAUCGGAAACCAAAAAAUCACAGUCUUGGACUGAAACUUGCGAUAAGGAAGUCAGAGAAGUUUCAUAUAAUUCACCUUCCCAAGUUUCAGUAAUAAAGCAUGAGUCUAAUCCGCUCGAGGUGGAAAUGGACUAUAACAUGCUGGCAGACUUAGAUCGCGAUGAAGUCCGAUCUUUGAUGAAUAGAGCUUUGCAAGGAGCAUUGUCAAUACCGGAAGAGGAGUUCAUAUUAACGCAACUUGAAAAGAACGAUAAGCUUAUCUAUACUUGCGAUUUUUCUCCGGAAAAGCUUCCUUUCCUGAUCGAAAACAAUUCAAGAGUUGCCAUAAAAGUAUUAUUACAACUUAAAUCGUCCCCACAGAUUGAUCAAUAUUUGGAGGCGCUUCUGACUAUCGACGAUCCAGAGCGGUCCCAGCAGUCUUCUAUGGAACCGGUUAACAGAAUGAGGUCCUCUAUGGAAGUGGUCAAUAAUCUUUUGUCAUUAUUCCCACUUACACCGGAAUUUCUUCACUCUUAUCUCUCUAAUUGUGUACGUGCUUGUGAAGAAUGUCGAAAUAAGAAUAUACAAGAUCGUCAAGUUCGUCUUUCACUUAUUCGUAAAAAUAUAAUAGAUGUUAACAGAUUUCUUAUUGAGAUACAAGCAUUUUGCCUUCAAUUCUCGAGAAUUCGAGAAGCAGCUAACUUAUUUAGGUUUUUACUUGAUUAUCAAAAAGAAGCAGUUGCCGAAGAGGUAGUUGUUUUAAGUGACUUAUUGAAUAGCAGUGAUAUUAAUGGUGAGAGCGGUGACCAUUCGGGAAAAUGUGAAUUAUCAUAG